AUGACAAAAUACUUUAUAACCUACAUUAUUAAUCCACUAUUAUUUAUUAUCCCUAUUCUUUUGGCAGUCGCUUUCCUUACCCUAAUUGAACGAAAAGUAUUAGGCUAUAUACAACUACGAAAAGGCCCAAACAUCGUAGGGCCAUAUGGCCUCCUCCAACCAAUCGCAGACGGAAUAAAACUAUUUAUUAAAGAACCUAUCCGACCAUCCACUUCUUCUCCACUUCUAUUUUUAGUUACUCCUAUACUUGCCCUCACACUCGCCUUGACACUUUGAGCCCCAAUACCAUUCCCCUAUCCCCUAAUUGACCUAAACCUUGGAAUCCUAUUUAUUCUAGCCCUAUCAAGUCUCGCAGUAUAUUCUAUUCUAGGCUCAGGAUGAGCAUCAAACUCAAAAUAUGCCCUCAUUGGAGCACUACGAGCUGUAGCCCAAACAAUCUCAUACGAAGUUAGUCUAGGCCUCAUUCUCCUAUCAAUAAUUAUUUUUUCAGGAGGAUUUACUCUUCACACUUUCAACGUAACACAAGAGUCAAUCUGACUCAUUAUUCCAGGAUGGCCUCUCGCAGCUAUAUGAUAUAUCUCAACCCUAGCGGAAACAAACCGCGCACCAUUUGAUUUAACCGAAGGAGAAUCAGAACUCGUGUCAGGAUUUAACGUAGAAUACGCGGGAGGCCCGUUUGCUCUCUUUUUCCUAGCAGAAUAUGCCAACAUCCUACUCAUAAAUACACUUUCCGUGAUCUUAUUCCUAGGCGCGCACCACAACCUAACCACCCCAGAACUAACAACAUUUAACCUAAUAUUAAAAACAUCAAUUCUCGCAAUACUCUUCCUGUGAGUACGAGCCUCCUACCCACGAUUUCGAUAUGACCAAUUAAUGCACCUUGUAUGGAAAAAUUUCCUGCCUCUUACCCUCGCACUAGUAUUAUGACACACCGCACUACCAAUUGCCCUCGCAAGUCUACCCCCUCAAACCUAA